GUGUUCUCUCGACCAAUCAGAGCGCCGCUUUAUUAUGACACCGCGGGAUUCCGCGAAAUAGUUUCUUGGAGUUUAGAGAAGUGCAGCUCGAGCUGAAUCGGGACAAGUUGACGCAUGUGGGAGCGAACAGAGGCAGAAUCACAGCGGACACGAUAGCUGCGUCUGGGAAAGCUCCCGUUUAUCGACCCGUGUCUUUGGGGAAAAGAAAGGAUCAAGAGGAAGAAGGGGAAGCAGAGGGAGGAAGAUUGACACGUCUGUUUCCUGGAGAGCUGUUUAUUUGUCCGCCUGCAGCAGAAGACGCAGCCUGAGCACAGUCACAUUGAAGCGGACACGUGUGGAUGGUUGACCACAUGUCUCCUGGGAGGACCGAUCGCAUCCGUGUUGUCCCACUGUUGUUUUAAAACGGGAUCUACUUUCUGCAGUUUAACACCCAGGCUUCUCUCUCUCCGGCCGGUUCUGCCUCAGUGAUGUCGGAGGUCGACGUGUCCGCAGAGUGUGUCCCCACCGGCCGAGCCCCGGGCCGGACAGAGGACAUGUUGAAAGAGAACCAGGAGAACAGGACGUUGCUGAUGGUGGCGAUGAUUUUAUUGGACUUGAACAAAUGUAGCCCCGCUGCUGCCGGCAGGUGUCUCGGGGGCACAGACGCCGGCCCGCUGGAGAAGGUGGAGCGGGCCGGCUGCCGGCUGGGGGCCGGGGACGGCCGGAGCUCGGUGGCCCCCAAACAGUCCCGGGACAAAGCGGCGAGGAGGCAGGAGUCCCCCGAAAAGAGACACUGCUGCCCCUUCCCCGGCUGCGGGAAGGUGUACGGGAAGUCGUCCCACCUCAAAGCCCACCUCAGGGUCCACACCGGUGAGCGUCCCUUUGAAUGUACCUGGCCAGACUGUGGCAAGAAGUUCUCCCGAUCAGAUGAGCUGACGCGGCACUAUCGCACGCACACGGGCGAGAAGCGCUUCAACUGUCCAAUGUGUGACAAGUGCUUCAUGAGGAGCGACCACCUGACUAAACACGCCCGGCGACACGCAGGCUUCCAGCCCAGCAUGCUCCAGGGCUCCAGCGCCGCCAAGAGACGGCGCUGCUCCACGUCUGUGUCGUCUGAUUCUGGGGACCAAAGCCCUGCAGGGGUGUGAGACACACCCACAUACUGUACAUACAUACAUACAGGUACACGUAGUAGAAACCGAGGCAUACACAAACAUGCACACACCCACACGUGUGGCGUGUGCACCUACACACAAAUCCUUUCCAGACAGCCAACCCAACCAGCCAGACCACUAUCCAGAGAGUUCCUGUGUAGGAACCAGUGUGCAAAACACUUUCAGCCUGACUGUUAUCAAAGUCCAGUUUCCCCCUCUUAUUCCCUGAGAUGACAGCUAUUUAUUCAAGGUUAUUCAGGGUCAGUUGGACAGGUCGACUUGUUUCACCGUUUGUAAUAAUUUAACUGGUUUUCUGUGUUUAUUUUUCUCUCUCUGGAAGAACCCACUGUCGGGGUGGAGUCCAUGUACAUAUACACACACAGUCGUUUUCAUAAACACUACAUGUUUUCACUUUGCAUCACUUCCUUUGUAGUUGAAAACAACAGGAAAACAAGUCGACUUAAACUUCCGACUGAGAUAUUCCCACAGUGAUUUGGGAAUAGUCUUAAAGCGAACGCUAUUGUUGCACAAGCAAACACACACUUACACUUGUACAGUUAUUCUUCAGACCAGAACAAUUGUACAGUAUAGCAGCGUUAUCCUGUAAAUAGAUGAAACUACCUUCCAGACGGAUGAUAAACUCAGUAUCCUGUAGUUAGGUGGCAUUAGAGAGUAAUAGGACAAAGCUAUAAUAUAGAGACUUGCAGAGCUUCUGUGUUUCAUAUACAUUUGGCUGUGGACUUAGUAAGUCAGGUGAACUGUGAGCCUGUAGGUGUAGACAGAGUGGUUCCCGCGUUGAAACGUAAAUGUUGUCGCAGCACGAAUAAUUAACACUGCUCAUAACACACAGGCAAAUAAAAGUCAUCUUUUGUGUUGCUUUAUCAGACUUGAGUUGUGUCAGUGGUGCAGCAAAGCAUUACAGGGUAAAAGUGAAGCGGUUACUUUCUCUCUCCUCUGGGUUCAGACCACAGUGAUCAGUGUGUGUUCAGAGUGUGAAACAAGAGUGCCUGUGCCUUUUUUAAGGGUUUUUGUAGCAGAGAGGAAUUUCUACAUUUUCAACUUUUGGGGAAAAACUACAUGAACGAACAUUGUCCGAUUCUUUAUGUUGAUAUUCAUCACCCUGAAUAUCAGCGGCUGUCUUUUAUACACACCAACAGUGCCAGUUGCUGUACAUUGAAACUACGUUUUGUUUACUCUGUAUCCGAACUGCAUAUUAUCAGGGAUUAAUAAUGUGACGCACUGUCAUUUCAGUUUAAACUACACCCCCUGGUGGUGAUGUGGAAGCACAACAUUUCUCAUGACAGAAAAUCAAAAAAAACAUUUUUUUGAAUUCUCUGUCAAAGCAUUUUAAGACAGGCUCUCAUGAUAAUUUAGUCUGUGAAUCAAUGAAUUCCAUCAUGUAGCAUGUUUGUAUGUAUUUGUUUGGUACAAUGUUUUUUUUUUUUAUUUGUCUGGUAAUCUUUUAUAUUGUUACUAAUGGGAUGAGAGGUCUUAUUCGUCCACUACAUUGUCGAUGUCAUUCGUUUUAUUUUUAUACAUAAUGCAUUCAACAUCCAAAUAGAGUGUGGAGUUAGUCGUAUGCUCACAGAACCCAAACUACUUACAUUUGUUAAGUGAAAUGCUGUUUGUUUGUUUUCUCUCUCUGGCAUUAAGACAACCUUGAUAAGAUGUUGGUGCCUUUCAGGUCAGAGCCUUUUCUUCUGAUGCUGCUGUGCUGUAAUCAGGGACUGUCAAUCCAGGUCCCAUGUUAUUGCAAUAUACAGACUGUAGCUGUGUAAUAAUUACUGCUCAAAAGGUUUUAACAUUAAAAUGAUUUUUUCUUUUCAAA